AAAGAGUAUAUAUUAAGAGUAGUUUAAAACCCUUUGUCAAUGCACUGCUGGAUAAAGGCCCCCCACAUGCUCACUGUAGGUCAUGUGAUUUGUUUGUCCUCGUGUUACCACACUGGUUCGAGCGGGCUGAUGAAGGAGGCUGACUGAAUAAGCGUCAUGCUCUUGACUGCUGAGCCACCUAGCCUCCUCAAAAUACGUGGCCUCAAUACAUGACCUUACUUAAUUAUGGGUCUGUGUCUCCUGACCUCACACAAAUGUGGGUCAGUUCUUGGUCAGUCGCCCUAAGGUUGUGCUAGAAACAACACAUUCCUGUGUGGCGCCACGGUGGUGAUUUGUUAACUACCCCUCUUACCUCCGAUUAGCACGGGCGGCUCUGUACGAUCUGAAAGAUGUUCAGUAUACAUACAUACAUAAGUAUACGGGAGGUCGUGGGUUCUAUCUCGACUCUUGACACCUGUGUAUUUGGGGUUUGCAUGUUCUCCCCAUGGGUUGCGUGGAUUUUUCACUGAGUUCUCCGGUUUUUCCCUUGCCAUUUGGCGAGUUAUAUGUGAACUGGUCUUGGGGCUCCCCACUUUCGGGAGAAAAAAAACACGUCCUGACCAGCUUGGUGAAGUGUGGUCCAAUAACGUCCACGACCGACCAACAUGGGAUGGGGAGAUCUUCAGUCAGAGUUGGAUUGACUCCUAACAGUUUAACCAUAUUCACGACACUGGUCAUGAGUAUGGGCAGUGCCCAGGAUCAAUUUAUGUAUCACUACUGAUCUUAGCCGUGCCUGGCAACUAAACUGGUUCUUGGUGCAGUGUUUACUAACUGCUACGCUGCUGCUCAACCACUAUGACGUUAUAAAAUAUCUGAGACGAAAAAAAAACGUGUGCGUGCAUUCACUAUUCUAGAUAACAUCCCUCUCUGCCCUCUGCUGCUAUCAGUGUUGGGAGGGCACGCUGACAUAUGUGUGUGUAGUAGCAGUAGGUGGUGCGCUGGUUACUGCAUUGUGCACUAAACCCAGCGACCCGAGUUCAAUUCCCGGCAGUGAAAAGUGAUAUAUGGGCCCUAUCUUGGACUUUCCAUGGAUAGAAGGUGCAGAGUGUAAACCUUAGCACUGAGAGGCAAAUGUAGCCUGGCGUGAUGCUGGCCACACCAUCCCCUCGUGUGCCACGCUAGCCUUAAUCGGUGCUUUUUAACACCACUUUUCCCAAGAGUCUUUUAAAGGCUAUAUACAAAGAGGUAGGGGAGGACGGUUGUCUUUGCAUUUGGGUGUGUAUUGUUAAACCGUGUAAUUGUUUAGUUUAAUUAGAUUGCCGAAAGACAGUACUUCUCCAGAUCAGCUGAUCUGCUCUCAGCCACUCACAUUGGGACUUUCCACCCAGUCAUGCAAAUGAAAAGUGGGUUGUUACCACAGGUGGCCAGCGAGUUGCGACCUGGUGUCUGAUUGGCUGCCUCUGUGCUAUAAACAAUGUGGUUUCGCAAGCAGAGUAAACAGAGUUGGACUGGCAUGAGACUGGCUGCAGAGCUGAUAUGAGUUUUGUAGGGCUGGCGUGAGAGUGAUAAGAGAUGCAGCCUUGGUGUGAGUGCAGUCCUUGCUCAGUCAGUUGUGUAAUUUUUUGGUGCGGUUAAUAUUUUUUUACUGUGAUGCUGUCAGUUUUAAGAUUUUUGUUUUGUUUGUUAAAUAGUUCAACCUUAAACAUCACAACUGUUGUGCUUGGGCUACGACCGGCAAAUGUAGCCCUCGGCAUGAAUAUCUGAACAGCAUAUUGAAUUUGGAGGCAACGCACAAGGCAGCGCAAUAGUUUCUGUAAAUUUACGGCUGCGUAGCAUCGCGAACCGAAAACCCUUGUACAUUUGUCGAGGCGAAGUUCAAUUGACGGAAGCGUGCGGUGGAUUUUGGUUCACUGUGCCAGAAAAAGUAGAAGGUAUGUUGAUGGGGAAGCGGAGCAGCAUAGGUAUCCGUGUGGGUGGGACAUGAGCCGCCGUCACGAUCACCUCGAGCCGUCGUGAGAUGCCGCCCACAUCACUCUGCUGUGGAAGCACCGACUCACACCUGGAAGCUCUUUGGAAACUCUCUCGCCUUGGUUCUUCGAUGCUGCAGUAGUUUUUCUAGAGCCACCAUCAUGAAGGUGACCGUUUCCUGCCGGGCAGCCAUGGACAGCAUGAUAGCGCAGUGGAGAAGGCACAUCCAGGACCCAGCGAGCCAGCGUCUGACGUGGAGCAAGCCGCCACUCAGCGUGCUGGUGAUCAAGAAGAUUGGCGACGCCAAGCUGUUGGACUUCUUCCGUGAGCUCUGUGCCUUCCUCAUGGAGGAGAAACACAUGAUUGUUUACAUUGAGAAGAAAGUGCUGGAGGACCCUCUGUUGGAGGGGUUGGAGAGCUUCGUCCCAAUUCGGAGGAAGCUGUGCACAUUCCGAGAAGGCUACGACGACAUCUCAGACCGCAUCGACUUGAUAAUCUGUCUGGGCGGGGAUGGUACCCUCCUCUACGCCUCGUCCCUCUUUCAGGAGAGUGUUCCACCCGUUAUGGCCUUCCACCUCGGCUCGCUGGGCUUCCUGACGCCCUUCAAGUUCGAGACGUUCAGACCCAGCGUCAGCCAGGUCAUCGAAGGGAACGCCGCCCUGGUGCUACGCUCGCGCCUGCGCGUGCGUGUGAUGAAGGAGCGGCCAGCGAGCGCAAGGGACGCCCGGGACGCCCGGGACGGCGGGGUCACGGCGGUGCCGCGCGAGGGCAACGGGCCUCUCGCCGGGAAGCAUCUGGACACCGACUCGGGCAAGACCCUUGUUCAGCUCCAGGUGCUGAACGAGGUGGUGAUUGACCGAGGGCCAUCAUCGUACCUGUCCAACGUGGACCUCUACCUGGAUAACCGGCUCAUCACUACCGUGCAAGGCGAUGGCCUGAUCGUGUCGACGCCUACCGGGAGCACGGCCUACUCUGCGGCAGCGGGGGCCUCCAUGAUCCACCCCAACGUCCCGGCCAUCCUCAUCACCCCCAUCUGCCCCCACUCGCUCUCCUUUCGCCCCAUCGUUGUGCCGGCCGGCGUGGAGCUCACGAUCAUGCUGUCACCGGACGCGCGCAACACGGCGUGGGUGUCGUUCGACGGGCGCCGCCGCCAGGAGAUCCGGCACGGAGACAGCAUCAAGAUCACGACGUCAUGCUUCCCGGUGCCGUCGGUGUGCUGCGAGGACCCCGUGCAGGACUGGUUCGAGAGCCUCGCCGAGUGCCUGCACUGGAACGUGCGCAAGCGGCAGUGCCACCUGGCCGAUGGCUUCGGCGACGACGAAUACCACAACGGGGACGGCAGCGUUGGCGCCGGCGGUGGUGGCAGCGGUGGCGACGAGGACGAUGACAAUAAGCAGGGCUGACGCCCAGGCUGGUUUUCUCUCCCCUCCGGAUUUGCCUGUCAACUCUCCCGUAGGCUGGAAUGUCCUUCCCUCAGCUCUUCAUGCUGUCAGCUCCCCGCUUCUGUUGAGCUCCAGGCUUCAAUGGAACUGCCUUCACCCGUAGUCUGAAACGAAACUUUCCCCAGCUAACCAUGCUGUCAACUUCCUACCCCUGUUCAAGGUCCUGGCUUCAAUGUCUUUCUCAACACCCCCACAGUCUGGAACGACCUUGCCCCCCAGCCAUCCGUGCAGUCGGCUCCCUGCCCCUGUUCAAAUCCUGGCUCAGGCCCUUCUUAUGUGCUGUGUCUAGGACCACCUGAUUCUCCCUCUAUAAAGUAAACAAAUCCAGAUGUCACUUUCAGACAUUACAUACAUCCAGAAGCUUUUGUCAAAUUCCAUUCAUUUAGAAAAAAAAUAAGUGCUGUCUUAAUGAUGGUCACUGGGAAACGUUAUGAUUAAAUCUUCCGGGGAUAAAUCGAUAAAAUCUCGAAUUCUCAGCCUAAGGUUCUUAGUUCACGUUUCUUCCAUUCUCACGGAUCUUGCACCCUCCUUUUAAUUUGGGCAGCGUACAGACCUCCGCUUUAUACCAAGUUCUUUAUUUGAAAAGCAAAUGAGAGCUCAGUGAGAAUACGUGGCCCUUUUUCUCAAGGGCUUUACUUGGCUACAAAAGCAAUGAAGUACACGUGUGAAAAGUGCAAAGAUGCAGUCCAGCAACUGCUUGAUCACGCCACUGCUGCUGGUGGAAGGCCCUCCUCCCCUAGACGGAGGAGCCGGCCUCCUCUUCUCCCGCUGACCCACGCUCUACCCCACCAUACGCGAACUGCCGAUCGACUAUCCUGCAACACACGUUAACAAAGGUCAAAACACGGCUUCAUUAUACAGGGUCUGAAUGUCAAGCAAAUUAAAUAAAAAUGUACGUAUAAAGCAUUAGGUGGCAGUUUACAAUUUAAAGUAUAGAGGUUUCAAAACGUAUUUUUUUCAGAUGUCAUUGAGAUGCGUUUAAAAUGACGUUUUUGGGAUCCACUUCAAAGGCACUUCGACGCAUAUCGACCAAGCGGUGAGUCGCGCUGGGUGAACGGUUUUGAAAUGUAAGCGUAGGCACAGUGUUGUUCCUCGAUCCAGCAGCCUUUUUACAGAAAUAACGGUUCCCAAAAAUGUCACUGUUUACUCUUGGCACGUAGCAACGUGUCAGAAAUUGCAAGCAUUUAAAUGUGGGAUGAACAAAAAAACCCACUUAGACUUUGCGGUAAUGUCUUGGUCACAACGCCUUAAAGACAAACGUGAGCUUGUUGUGCAUUUCACCAUAUUGGCAGCGGAAGGCAGACGCAUGCACGCACGGGCGCAUGCGUGUGCACUCACGCGUGGUCCCGUUACGAAGAUCACCGCGGUGUCGGCUUGAUGCUCGUGGAGAGCCAAUCACUGCCACCAGCCUCGUCCGCAUGUGCUCACCUCGUGUUCGUAACGGUUUAAGUUUGUUGACGGCUGCAUCUGCGCUUGUGUUCUGGCCGACUGAUGAAAACCCUUAAAUGUAAUGUUCAUAUCUGGGGAUUCAAUUACAACUAUAAUCGUAUCAUUCGUAUUAAAAUGCAAUGUCAAUGUAUUUGCAAGUUCAGCUAACAAUGCUGUUUUAAGUGUCAUUAUGACUCAUCUCGGGUUAUGUAGGUGCUUCUUAUGCUUCCACCAUCUUCUGGUUCGUCUGGUCUGUCUCUUUGUCACAGCCCCUUUCCGACCCAUGUAAUGAAUUUUCUUCCACACAUUCUCACCUCCUGUCUCCUUAAUCUUUCCUCCUCUCUGUUAAUUUACUGAUUUUCUUCCAUCCUUCAUUAACCUUCAUCCGUCCGUCUUCUUACCAUCGCAAUCGUUAUUUAUUCCUCUCGUUUCUGUUCUCCCAUUCUCUGAGUUGUUAGGCCAGUGGUAACGAUUCACCCCAGCCCACGGUGGCAACUCGAUACGAGAAUCAGAGCUCUGUUGUCUCGUUUUUUUAUAACCGUCUUCAGUUGUAUUAUUUAUCUUUCCUCUCUUUCGGUUGUUCAGUUUUCUUAUAUCGAUUCGGCUAAAUCUUAUCACUAUGGAAUAUAAUUUGCAUAAAUCACGCACGAUUCUAUGCGUGUAUCGUAAGCGUACAAGGAUCGGUAAAAAUCCACGUGGUUUCUUUACGUCGCUUGGGCCGACUGUCAUCUUCCCAGCCGUGUCUCAGGGCGUACGAAUCUGCCUCUCAACUGCUGGCCUACACCAAACACACACUCUCCCCAAAAUCCAUCACUUCCGUUACGACCAUCACUCUCCCACUCUCCUUGCUAUUACACUCCCAUUCUGUCACUCUCCCAUUGUGGUACUCUCCACUCUCCCCCAUUCUCCCUCGGGCAUGGGACCAAACCUCUAUCCGUCACCUAAAAAUAUAUUUAGGAGAUUUAUUUUUGGUGAAGGGAAAUGUGUUUUUUUUUAGACAAGUUAUUCCGGAAGGAAUAGCCUAACCCCCCCCCCCCACUUCCCACAAUUCGAUGAAUCGUCACAGUUUGAAGUUACGAUUCGAUUCAAGAAUCUUUUUUUGGGGGGUCUAAGUUUUGUAAUCUUUUUAUUUUUUCUGCCUUGUAUAAUCGUAUUCGCCACGUUAUCUUAAAUGUAAUAUGAAGCUUCAUACAUUUGCAUAUUAUUUGUCAGUCUUCAAUAAUCGAUGAUCACGUGGGCGCUGUUUGUUCGACUCGCGCAACACGAGCAUGAAAUUCGAUUUUUAUCGGUGAACGUCUGCAUCGUUCCAUGCCUUUCACUCGCCCUCGACCUUAUGUGCAAUUCUCUGCCCGACAAAUGUGGCUGUCCCCCAGUCACCUUACUCAGUCACCUUACACAAGGGGUUAGGGAAAGCAAGGCUAGAUGAGUAGUGCUGUAACUGACGGUUAGGGAAAGCAAGAGGAGAGAAGUAAACUAUUGAUUAUUUUUUAAAAUCAAUUACUCGGCAGCCGUUUCAAAAAUUGCAAACGCCGCAGAGUGGCGCCACAAAAAACACAGCGCUCUCUUCCCACAGUGCAUGCCCAGCGUGUUGAUUGUUAACGUAUGCAAAUGAUAUGCGACUUUGUAUGCGAGUUUUUUUUGUUAACAGUAUGAUUAAUCGAUUAAUCAAAGCAAUAAUACAUGGAUUAAUCGAUUACGUCACGAGUACGAUAGUUGGGAGUCGCAGCGUUCGGCCACGCUGCGUGUGGUGGGUGUUUGCGGAGCGGUUGCUGGGUGGGCGUUUUGGAGCCCUUCGCACGGCCUCCUUUGUUCCCCUCUCUGCCUGGACGUGGAGUUUCACGCGAAGAGACCUGGCCAUGACAAAUAAAGUGGCUUAUCGCGUGUAAAUGUAUAGCGGGCAAAUACCCUUGAACGCGGUGUUGAUUCGAAAGGUGGAAGGGAAAAACCCGGACGGCCCGGAGAAAAAUCCACGCAAAACCACGGGGAGAGAGAGCGAACUCCAAAAUAUACAGCAAGCGUCAAGGGUGUCGGGAUCGAACCCAUGCCCUCCUGCCUCGCGUUGGCCGACACACAACGUGAAAAACCUGCGGCAAGGGCGGGGGGGAGUUUAAUCGUCCUCAUUGGCUCACGGAAGGUUUCCACACAGUUGCUGCACUCUGCUGUCGGAGAAUAUAUCAUCUUGUUCUUGGUUCUUUCGGUAAAGUCACGUAGAAGGGAAACAAUAAAAUAAUUAAAAUAUAAAACAAUACAAUUAUCACGACGUUUCGACUGCAACACAAGCAAUCAU